AUGGGCUUCCACAAAUCAUCCAUGGGCAUCAAGCUCAAGGAUAAGCACCUCGUCACCGCUUACUGCAAACGUCCCUCCGGAGAAGCAACGUACUCGGAGCUCGACUUAAACCAAUUCCUGGGGGCAAGAAAGGGUGACUUCGCCUGGGGUGAACAGAAUUUUUCGGACCGCGCACGCAACGUUGAUUUCAGACUCGAGGGACCUAACAACGAGCCAGUACUGUAUGCAGAACUCGAGGACGACGAAGGAAAGUCUCACCAGCGCCAUUUAAACCUAGGAGCCUGCAUCAAGAACGAAGAUGGACAGUUGCAUUUCAUGCAAUGUUUCUAG